CGCAGUUUGCAGUGUGUUAUGUCUCAGACUCGGAGGUAGAGAGUCAGAGCUGCUCGCCUGGCGGAUCUCAACCUCUGAAACAAACCCCCGGUGUCUUCUCUUAUCCGUCCCCGCUUCCCUCCUCACUCACCCGGGUCUGUUUCUCUCCGGAGCCCUGGAAGCAUCUAUUUAUUUAUUUGUCUACCCUUCUUCUUCCUCUCGACUCCGGCCAACAGUUUGAUCUUUGGGAUUUAGCUCUCUAUUACUAUUCGGUGGUGAUUUCACUCAACAUAGCUUCCCUUCCGCCGCCGCUGCUGCCGCCGCCGCUUUUACGCACCGCCGCUUAUUCUGGAUUUGCUCAUCACUGGAGGAAAAAACAACACAAUUCAGCGAGGUGGAUCCGUGGAUGCGCCUCUUUGGCUCAAACUGGAGAUGGAAAUGCUGACAUUGUUAUUUCAUUCCCUGUGGAUAUUGCAAUGCAACACAGUGAGCGCCGACUCCAUCAUUCACAUUGGUGCAAUAUUUGAGGAGAACGCCGUGCGGGACGAUGAGGUGUUCCAGCUCGCCGUGUCGGACCUCAGCUUGAGCGAUGACGUCCUGCAGAGCGAGAAGAUCACGCACUCCAUCAAGCUCAUCGAGCCCAACAACCCUUUCCAGGCGGUGCAGGAAGCCUGCGAGCUGAUGAACCAGGGCAUACUGGCACUGGUCACCUCGACAGGCUGCGCGUCAGCCAGCGCCCUGCAGUCCCUGACGGACGCCAUGCACAUCCCCCACCUGUACAUCCAGAGGAACAGCGAGGGAUCGCCGCGGACCGCCUGCCACUUCAACCCCAGCCCCGGCGGGCAGCGCUACACUUUGGCUGCCCGGCCGCCCGUCCGCCUCAACGACGUCAUGCUGACUCUGGUGGAGGAGCUGCGCUGGCAGAAGUUCAUCGUGUUCUAUGACAUCGAGUACGGUAAGUGAUCGACCGGUCGCCAUGCUGGAUCGAGGAGACAGAUCUUGGAAAAGCUGAUGGGACAGUCUGCUAUUGGCUGUUGGAAGUUGGACUUUUGUUGUGGAGGCUUUUAGCUGUGGAACUUGAUCUUGAUCUUGAUUCUAAUUCUCACUGUCAGAUCCGGUUGAUGUGAACAACCGGGUCUCACCCCCCAACUCGUAAAAUAGCAGUGCUUGGUCAGUGCUGCACCCUUUAAUAUCUGGAUGAGCACCAGGCUUUCAACUAACUCCAAUAUUAACCCAUCAGGGUCAUUAUUAGACUGACGGGGUAUAAAGCGAAUGAAAGGUUGCGUGAGAUGUGUGGGAGGGGACGGUUUGGGUCAAACAAACCCAGGAGGCCACUGUUCCACAAGUCAAUGUUGACUUAUUUAAACAUAUUUUUCCUACAUAACUGGAAUUGCCUACUGAACACCAGUUAGUUAUUUUACAUAAGAAACAUACUUCUUUGGAUCCAAACCACAAUAUUUUCCUCGUCCUCACCAAGUAGUUUUUUUUGCACAAGUAAACCUUAAAACUGAGUAAACCUACCUUUAUUUUGAAAACCGAUUGUAUGAAUAUAGCAAGUGGAAACUCUACGUUAUUUGAAGCAAUGUGGCCGCUGACCAAGCGUUUAUUGAUGAGUUGGGAGUGAUAUGUUUUUGGACUCUGAGUUUGGACUUUAAAACUUGUUUAGAAAACUUUAAAAUGUGGUGAGUUUUACUUUUAAGAAGACAUGUGUUGGUGUUAACCCACUGUCCUGUGGUGUCGCUUGUUGUUUAAGAAAAGUGAGAAGCUUCUCCACUUCCUCUCAUAUGGUCCACAUGUUUGUGAUGAGUGAAGAUAGAUGGAUUGAGCAGCUGAUUGAUGGUUUACAGACAUCAGUGUUGUUCGUUGAGUUUCCUGCUGAAUGUUUAACAUCACUCAGUGGAUAGUUCUGUGCUUUGCAUGGUGGAUGCCAAACAGCUGUUUUACUGAACUUUUUCUUGUUUUAAAGACUCUCUAUGUUAUAACUUGUAUCUAUUUCACUUCGUAAUUUACACUUAAUAUGGCUUUGAUGAAAUAAUUGAUGAUUCAUACCUAUGUUGAUAGAGAUCAGUUUAUGUUUUUGCAGCCACUUAUGAGUUUGUUUUACAACUCGUUCUCUCUUUUGAUGCGCUUCUCAAGCAUCAAUAAAAAUAUGUUCUUCCCAAGCACUUUGGAUUAUAUUCUGGAAUACUUUGGAAGUCCUUUUCCUAACUGUUUGUGACAAGAUCUUUGAUUUGUUUUCAUUUUCCCUGCUGUUGGGAUGAUGCAAAAAAACAUGGAGAUUUGAAGUACUUUGUGUGUGUCUGUAAAAAAACAGAAGACACGACAUGACACCAACUUUAAAUAUAAAUCCUGCUCGAAGGGUAUGGGGGCUAUUUAAGGGUCUAAGAUAGAGGGUGUUGUAUUUUAUACAGAUUUUAAAGCACUUUUAGUCAACUGAUUGAUUAUUGAGUAUUGGCUGCAUGAAUAAAAUUGACUUGACUUGUCCAAAACAAAAAGAAGAAACUUUUCAGUUUUAUUUUGUGGUCUCCGUCUGCAGAAAACUCCACCGUGGACUUAAACCUGAAGCAGUGCAUCGUUCCUUCAACACUAACCAUGUUACAUAUUUAUUCAUAUAUUGGGGAGUUUUGCCUCUCAUUUAUUUUCACUUUUGUAAAUUCACAUGGAAUACAUGUAGACAAAUAAUUGAAAACACAUUAAGAAUAGCUGCAGGCUGCCCUAAAUGAUUUCCAAUGAUUUCUGGCCUUGGAAAGGAUAUUCCAGCAAAAUGUCAGACAUCGACCCCUUUCUUCUGUAUUUGUUUGGAAUAGCUCACUUGGACUGUAUCUUAAUGAAAUCACAUUAGGCUCGAUGGAUUUUUGAGCGUAAUCGAUACAGGAUGGUGGCAAUUACAAUAUAAGGUUAUAGACAGAUGCAGGCAUUUAGCCUCUCAGAUAAGUGCAUUUGUAGCUGCUGGCCAGGAUCUGACUCCUUUAUGACCGAAGGACGACGGUGAGGCUGCAGAGGAGAACUUCACUCAGUCCAAAGAUACUUCGUUUAAAAUGAAUCAGCAGAUAUAUUUGGAAGACUUUCAAAAAACUGUCUUCAGUGACUCAUAUGGGAUUUUUUUUGUUUCGGUUUAAUAGCUUCUGAAACACCCCCACACCUUCCUAACAAUGGAUUGGGGGACCUGUGUCCAAUCUUUUCUCAAUCAUUUUUCGUAACCAAAAAAAAUCACCAACCCCGACUUUUCCUCUUUGAUUGGCCGUGUGUAACUGAGCAUAACGAAUAAUAAAGGCGGUCUAUAAACGCUUCUGAUUUCUGACGUGGGUGGACAACGUGUCUCAAAGAAACUAGUUCUGCUCAGGCGUAAAUCAACCCUCAGUCUGGGUUGUUUCAGAUACCUCACGCAUUGAUAUCAGUUAGAUUAAUUGUCACAUUAUGUGUGAAUAAUGACGGGUAAUUAUCCCGUUUUAAAAUGUCGUGUAGCUAAUAAAAAAGGAAAAUGAACAAAAAUAGAAGGGGCACAACGAGACACACUGACACUGCUAUUUUUAGGUGGGUACAAAAUAUCUUUAUUAUCAAGUUAAAUAGAAUUAAAGCUGCAAGCAGCAUUGACCGGGCCCUCGCAACUUCACACACGU